CAGCCUGUCCGGGCAAGGGACAGUCAUUCUCUCAACUUACAUACAGAGUAAGCUGUGGACCCUCACCCCACACUCAGCUGCCAGACAGGACCCAACAUCACUCCCUGAGACAAUGACCAUGUUUGAAAAUGUCACCCGGGCCCUGACCAGACAGCUAAACCCUCGAGGGGACCUGACGCCCCUAGACAGCCUAAUUGACUUCAAGCGUUUCCAUCCCUUCUGCUUGGUGCUGAGGAAAAGGAAGAGCACACUCUUCUGGGGGGCCCGCUACAUCCGCACCGACUACACCCUUCUGGAUGUGCUAGAGCCUGGCAACUCACCCUCAGAUCCAACAGACUCUGGGAAUUUUAGCUUUAAGAAUAUGCUGGAUGCCCGAGUGGAGGGAGAAGUGGAUGUGCCAAAGACCGUGAAGGUGAAGGGCACUGCAGGGCUCUCCCGGAACAGCACGCUGGAAGUCCAGACACUAAGUGUGGCUCCCAAAGCCCUGGAGAACUUACACAAGGAGAGAAAGCUGGCAGCAGAUCACCCAUUCCUGAAAGAGAUGAGAGAACGAGGCGAGAACCUGUACGUGGUGAUGGAGGUGGUGGAAACCGUGGAGGAGGUCACUCUGGAGAGAGCUGGCAAAGCGGAGGGCUGCUUCUCCCUCCCGUUCUUUGCCCCAUUGGGGCUACAGGGAUCUGUAAACCACAAGGAGGCUAUAACCAUCCCCAAGGGCUGUGUCCUGGCCUUUCGAGUGAGACAGCUGAUGGUCAAUGGCAAAGAUGAGUGGGAUAUUCCACACAUCUAUAAUGACGGCAUGCAAACCUUUCCUCCUGGAGAAAAGCCAGGAGAGGGGAAGUUCACGCUUAUCCAGGCAUCUGAUGUCGGGGAGGUACACGAGGACUUCAGGACUCUAAAAGAAGAAGUUCAAAGAGAGACCCAAGAAGUGGAGAAGCUGAGUCGAGCAGGACAAAGCUCCUUGCUCAACUCCCUCAGCAAACUCCUUGGAAAGAAAAAGGACCUCCAAGACCUUGAGCUCACACUUGAAGGGGCUCUAGACAAGGGACAUGAGGUGACCCUGGAAGCACUCCCAAAAGAUGUCUUACUGUCAAAGGAGGCUAUGGAUGCCAUUCUCUAUUUCCUUGGAGCCCUAACAGUGCUAAGUGAAGCCCAACAGAAGCUUCUAGUAAAAUCCACAGAGAAAAAGAUCCUACCGGUACAGCUGAAACUGGUGGAGAGUGUGAUGGAACAGAAUUUCCUGCAGGAUAAAGAGGGUGUUUUCCCCCUGCGACCUGAUCUGCUCUCCUCCCUUGGGGAAGAGGAACUGAUCCUCACAGAAGCUCUAGUGGGACUGAGUGGCCUGGAAGUACAGAGAUCUGGUCCUCAAUACAUGUGGGACCCUGACACCCUCCCUCGCCUCUGUGCCCUUUAUGCUGGCCUCUCCCUCUUCCAGCUGCUGACCAAAGCCUCCUAAGGUGCCUUGUCUGCCUACUGCCUGCUUCCUGCUUCCCUAAUACCGUCCCAAUCUCACUACUCAGUGUCCUUAACACCCCAAGGCAUUUCAGAACCACCAGGCUGAGGAAAACUGAAAUCCCAGCUUGGCAGCCAUGAUAACCAAGUCCCACCUGCUCCAUCUCUCUCCCCCUGCCUCCACCUCCACAACCCACGAAGCCCAUCUGCUGAUGCUUAAAUCUU